AUGGUGGUGGGGAGAGUGGUGGCAGAGGUGGUGGCAGGAGCAAAGGUGGUGGCAAUGGUGGGGGAGGUGGCAAGACUGGUGGUUGUAGUGGUGGAGGGGGGUGGUGGUGAUGGUGGGAAGAGGAGGGUGGUGGCCGUGGUGGCAAUGGGGGUGGUGACGACAGUGGCAGUGACAGUGGCAGCGGUGGAGAUGGUGAUGACGGCAGCAGGGGUGGCACUGGUGGCAACGCACCAGGUGCUGCGCAUCCUCCCCGGCAGCGCCGCCGAGCUGCAGAGCCUGCGGCAGCUGGAGGACCUGGAGCACCUGCAGCUGGACUUCUGGCUGGCGCCGCGCGGCCCCGGGGCGCCGGUGGACGUGCGCGUGCCCCCCGGCAGCCUGCGGGCCGUCAAAGCCCACCUGGAGGCCCGCGGCGUGCCCUACACCGUCAUGAUCGAGGACGUGCAGGCGCUGGUGGACCGGGAGCGGACGUGGACCUCGCGCCGGCGGCUCCUGCCCGCCUCCAGCGACGCCUUCGACUACGCCGCCUACCACGACCUCGAUGAGAUCUACGCCUUCAUGGACCUGCUGGUGGCCGAGAACCCCGCGCUGGUCACCAAGCUGGAGAUCGGCCGCACGACCGAGGGCCGCCCCAUCUACGUGCUCAAGUUCAGCAAGGGCGGCGCGGGCCGUCCCGCCGUCUGGAUCGACACCGGCAUCCACUCCCGCGAGUGGGUGACGCAGGCCAGCGGCGUCUGGUUCGCCAAGGCGAUCGCCUCGGACCACGAGAAAGACGAAGGCUUGGCCUCCGUCCUCGACGAGAUGGACAUCUUCCUGGAGAUCGUCACCAACCCCGACGGCUUCGUCUUCACCCACACCAAGAACCGCAUGUGGCGGAAGACCCGGUCCGCCCGCUCGGGCUCCCUCUGCGUCGGCGUCGACCCCAACCGCAACUGGGACGCGGGCUUCGGAGGGUCCGGAUCUAGCGGAAACCCCUGCUCGGAGACGUAUCGGGGGCCCUACGCCCACUCGGAGCCCGAGGUGAAGGCCAUCGUGGACUUCGUGAAGGCACACGGGAACAUCAAGGCUUUCAUCUCCAUCCACAGCUACUCGCAGCUCCUACUCUACCCCUACGGCUACACCACCACCCCCGCGGCCGACCAGGAGGAGCUGCACCAGGUUGCCGAAAAGGCCGUCGCAGCUCUGUCUUCCGCCUACGGGACUCAGUACAAGUACGGCAGCAUCAUCAAAACCAUCUACCAGGCGAGCGGAGGAACCAUCGACUGGACCUACAACCAGGGCGUCAAGUACUCCUUCACCUUCGAGCUGCGGGACACGGGCCGCUACGGCUUCCUGCUGCCCGCCGCCCAGAUCGUGCCCACGGCGCAGGAGACGUGGCUGGCGCUGCGGGUCAUCAUGCUGCACGCGCUGGAGCAUCCCUACUGA